AUGGCGGACAAAGAUUUGGCGGGAAGCGGAAGUAUAGGCAAGAUGGGUAGAGGGAAGGUAGUCGGUAAGGUAGAAAGUAGACAGAGAAGGCUAACAUCGGAGGAAGGAUUAAGAGUGACAUUUAGUGGACAGGUGGAGUUUGAUAAAUUAAAGGAGUUGAUAAAAGAGGUAGGUGAGGAAUUGAAGGUAUUAAAAGAGGAAAGGAAGAUAUGGAAAGAGGAAAUGGAGGAAUAUAGGAAGAGGGAAAGGGAAUGGGAUAUAAAAAGAAGUAAUUUAAAGAAAAGGAUUACAGAACUUGAAAAAUGGAAGAAAGAAAAGGAAAAAUGGAUAGCGGAGAGGGAGGAGGAAGAAAGCGUGAGCUGUGAGAGUAGAGAUGGCAAAAGUGUAAGAAGUAUGGAAAAGUUGAGACUAAGCUGGGGUCUGAGGGCGGUGAUAUAUGAAGGAAAAAUCAGAGAAAGAGAUAAAGAUAGUUUGGUGUGGAAUUGGUGGGAAAAGAGAAGUGAAAAUGGGGAGGACAGGUACAGCAGGGAAAUGGAGGAAUAUUAUAAUAGAUAUGGAUGGAGUUCGAGGGAAAUUGAGAGGAUGAAAGAGGAGGAGGGUAAUAUAGAGAAAAGAAUAAUUGUAAAGGAAAGGGAGCUGCAAAGAGAAAGGGAAGAAAAAAAAAUUGGACAGGCGACAUAUAAUCAGAGAUACAAGGAGGACAGAGAGGGACAGAGAGGAAAGGGCCAAGAUAUUUAUGAAAGAAUGUUAGACGAAAACUUAGAUGAGGGGAAAGCGGAAGUCUUGGAAAAAUUGUGGAAGGCUAGAAACAGGGAAUUAAAAAAGAGAAAAGAGAAAGAGAAAGAAAUGAGAGAUGACAAGAAUACGGAGAUAAAUAAUGAUUAA